CCCAUAUGUAUUUCUGACCAAUGAGAGAGAGGUAGAGGCGGGCUUUUAGUAAACGCAAGCCAAUAGGCAUGUCCGGGUUGUAAUAACGUUUCAUAGAAUUAGUCGCAUCCGGGUGAGACACCAGAGGCCCCUCGCCCAUUUUCCUAUUUGACUUGGGUUCUAGCCCUUUAAAAGACAAUGUACAGCUCGUUGCAAGUGAUGUUACAGGUGGCGUGGGCCCAGCUCCUCCUGUGCGGCUGGGCGCUGGGCACCGAGCUCACGUUCGAGCUGCCCGACAACGCUAAACAGUGCUUCUACGAGGACAUCACCACUGGAACAAAGUGUACGCUGGAAUUCCAGGUUGUGACUGGCGGCCAUUAUGACGUGGACUGCCGCCUGGAAGAUCCGGAAGGCACAACGCUCUUCAAGGAGAUAAAGAAGCAGUACGACAGCUUCACCUUCACCGCUGCCAAGGACGGUGCAUACAAGUUCUGCUUCAGCAACGAGUUCUCUACGUUCACCCACAAGACGGUCUACUUCGACUUUCAGGUCGGAGAUGACCCACCACUCUUCCCCAACGAGAACAGGGCCACCGCCCUCACGCAUUUGGAGUCAGCCUGUGUGUCCAUUCACGAGGCACUCAAGUCCAUCAUCGACUACCAGACGCACUUCCGCUUGCGCGAGGCGCAGGGACGUAGCCGCGCAGAGGAUUUGAACAUGCGUGUGGCCUUUUGGUCCAUCGGCGAGGCCUUGGUCCUGCUGGUGGUCAGCAUCAGCCAGGUGGUCCUGCUCCGAAGCUUCUUUUCCGAUAAGAAGACCACCUGCACCCGCGUUGGAUCGUAACCGCCUGUUGUCUUUUUUUUUGGCUUGUCUUCAUACAGCGGCUUAGAACAGCAAAGAGAUUUGGAUCAUUUCACACAUUUGUUCAGAUGCUGUUUAAAGAUGCUGUAUGCAAAUAAGUCUUCUUAAUAGAGAUUUGAGUGGUGGACGUACACAAAAAUGAUUGUGCUUUUAAAAUCUACUACUGAACACUGGUGGCAAAAGUAUGCCCCUUCAGUAUUUGAAAUCAUUCGUUUUUUGUGUGUGUGUUCCUCUUUUAACGUUGUCCUCUGUUUCUGAUUUAUAAGUCGCUUUCAGUUAAACUACCUGGGGAAUUUAAGAAAAAAAGGGAGGGUUCAGGUCAUGCCAGCUGCACUCGCACAUAUGGACGUCCGAUCCCCAAAUACUUUCUCUUUCUCAAAGGCUGUAAAAGUACCGGUAGUAAUCUGUAAAUCUUAAUGCAACGCAAAGUAGAAAUCACAGCGUCAAAUUGCUCUACAGCUUGUGUUGGAAUUUAGUCGCAUGUGAUUCCAGUACUUUUGUGACGAUUUGUGUUACUGUUACAUAGUCUGCCUUUGCUGUUCACAAAUAUAAACUGCUUUAAAGCUUCAGCUGAACAGUUCAGUCACAAUUGUGGUAAUAUUUUCAGCAGAAAAUGACUUAUAAUGAUGCUCCCAACAUCCCAAGUUGGUUUAUAAUGCAUUUUAAAACGGCUCAUGUGUGCCUGUACAAUGAAUUUUGAAGUCCAUUGCAUUUUUGUUUUUUAAAUCCAGUCUAGUCAAAAUCAGAUGAUUUGCAAACUACCGAUAAUGCAUUUAUUUCAAACCGAUGAUCAAACUUAGUAGUUAGUCGUCUUUAUGAUGCAGUCCUGCAAAGCUAACCUUUCCUUGUGAUUUCAUAAACUUCCUGUUUCAUGUCGGUUUUACAUUUUUUUUCCUCUCUUUUAAAUAAUGAAAACAUUAUGUUCCGUGGGCACUCUGGGGACGUGUUAAGUUAUUCGAAUGACUGAAUAAACGCUCAGUUUAAGUGUA